GUUCAUUCCUGAUUUCCACUCAUUGUGUUGUGCAACUUGUCACUAACCGAAAUUUCUAUUAUCUAUAUCCAUAAGUAAGCUCUUAGUGUGCAAGUAAAUGGUGAUAGUUGUUAACUUUAGUUACAAAUAUUGAAAGUUUACUUAUCAAAUAAAAAAUAGAAUAGCAGUCAACAAGUAAUCGCAAAAUUUAAAUUACAUGAAUUUAAUGUCAAUACAUUUGCAAUAAUACUAUUAAAAUAACAUCUAAAUUCUGAAAAACGUUAUUUUAGCAUUCGAUAUAACUUACGAUCAACUGUGCUAUUAGAUGGAGUAACUUUAAUAAAAAAAUUAUAUAAAAGACUUAAACGAAUUAGAAUGGAAAAUUAUUUUCAAAUCCAACUCGAUACGUUUUUGAUUCUUGGAAUAUGUAUGUCAUCUGUUAUUUGUAAGUCAUUGAUUUAUCAAAGCUAAUCAAUAUACAUGAAUGAAAGAACUGUUAAUUAUGGUGAUUAGAUUAGUUAGUACGAACGACACAAAACCAAACUUUUAACCAAAGGAACAAAGGAUAUACACACAUAUAUGCAGCCAUAGGAAUGAUAAUUAUUCUCGAAAUGUCUAAAGACACGAUUGAUGAAAGGUUAUCAGAAGAAAUCGAAGCUCUUUGUGCUAUUUUGCUGGACAAUGAGUUCAAAAUACAAAAAAAUGAUCGGGGUUUCCCAGAUACUAUUGAGAUCCAGAUUUUUCCGUCAACGGGAGAAGAUCCACAGUCACAAUAUGUUUGUAUAACUCUCAUUGUGCAUCUUGUAUCUGAUUAUCCAGAUAUACCACCUAAAAUUUCAUUAAAAAACCCUCGAGGUUUGGAUGAAAGUACAUUAAAAAUAAUCCAAAAAGAAUUAGAAGUUAAGUGCCAAAAAUUUUCAGGUCAACCCGUGGUCUUUGAAUUGAUAGAGUUAGUUCGUGAACAUUUGACUCAAAAAAAUUUACCAACAGGGCAAUGUGUUGUUUGCUUAUACGGUUUUCGUGAUGGCGACAAAUUCACAAAAACUGAGUGUUAUCACUAUUUUCAUUCCCAUUGUUUAGCGGCUCAUAUUAUUGCUUCUGAACGUUAUUAUCGAGAAGAGUUAGAUAAAUUACCUCAGUGGCAGCAGGAUAUCACCAAGGAGUUCAAGGCACUGUGUCCAGUUUGUCGUGAAGUAAUCAAUUGUGAUAUGAACACUUUAAGUUUAGCACCACCUCCUGUCGAUGUAGAAGCAGCUACUACUUUUUCUAUAUCUUCCGAAUUACGAGAUUUGCAACUAAAAAUGUCAGCAUUAUAUUUGCAUCAACAACAGCAAGGUGGAAUUAUUGAUCCUGAAGCUGAAGAAAUAAAAAUGUUAUUGCGAACUAAUACUACAUACGAUGAAGUACAAUCAUCAAUGUCAUCCGUUGAAAAUAACCCAUCACAAUUCUCACUUCAAAGUAUUGUCCAUUCGAGUUCAAAUCCUGAUGAUGAACAUAUGUUUGAGCGAGAGGAUUUAUUUCAACGACCGAGUAGUCAACGAAAUAAUUUUCGUUCUGUUUUAAAUCAUCAACAUUAUUAUGGUCGUCGAGCUGGUGGUCAUAACCGCGGUAAUAAUAAUCACCAAAAUAGUGACCGAUCAAAACAAUCUAAUUAUGUACCUAGAUGACACAGAAUAAACGAUUAUAUUGCAAAAGUUGAUGUAUUCUAACACUCAAAUCUAUGUCAAUAAAAUUUCAUUAGAAGCUUUU